UAGAUCACGUGUGCGACAUCGUUCAACUUGUUCUCCACCAAACAACUCAGUGCCACAUUGGAUACACGCCGACACCAAAAUUACAUUAUCGAGGAAUGGCCAGUUUUUUUCCGCUCUGUCAGCUAUAAGUUAUAAACCAAGUGUUAUUUCCUGGGUACAAUAGACAUAUCGACUUUUGUUGUUAAAGGUUAGAUAAACCGCUUUUCGGAGUACCAAGAAAAAAUACUUCUUAAAAAUGAAUACUAGUGCUACUGGAAGAGGUAUAUGGGAUCUACACAAUAUUUUACUCGACUGUAAUGUGUGGGACUCGACCUACUACUUGAUGCUGCUUUCCACGUUGCUUGUCGUCAUCAGAAUUGUCAUUUAUUGCACCUUCAUCUUGUUGUCUUUCACCUACUACUUUGCUCCCGGACCUCAGAACCGCCACAGCAACCUCCCGCCAGGCUCCAUGGGGCUGCCCAUCAUAGGCGAGACUCUCACGUUUAUACUUCAGGGCACCAAGUUCUUUGAGUUCAGGUAUAAGAAGUACGGGCCCGUGUUCAAGACUCACCUCUUUGGAACUCCGGUCAUCCGGGUCAUGGGAGAGGAUAACAUCAAGAGGAUCCUCCAGGGAGAAAAUGAUGUGGUCACUUCCUACUGGCCUGCUAGUGUCCGCAUGAUGCUAGGCGACAAGGCGCUGUCAGUGUCCACUGGAGAUGACCACAGGAGACGGAGGAAAGCCAUAAUGAAAACAUUCAGUCACCAUUCCAUGUCUUUUUACACAAAACUGAUGCAACAGGUUGUCAAAACAACGCUGGCGUUAUGGUGUGAAAAAGACUCGAUUCUGGGUUUCUUGGAAUGUAAGAGCAUGGCUUUUGAUCUUGCCGCCCAAGCUUUUGUUGGUAUUCGGUUGCAUUCUGCGCAGACGACAGAACUUGUGCGCCAGUAUGACACGUUUGUCAAAAACCUUUUCUGCCUACCCUUCCAAUUUCCAGGGAUGGGAUUAGUCAAGGGCAUGGCCGCGCGCAAAUUUUUACUUCAGAAAAUCGAAGAGUGUCUUGUUAAGAAGAAAGAAUCUACUGGAGAUGACCAGGACCUCCAGGACGCCAUGUCUUUGUUGGUCAGGGAACAGGACGAAGAGGCUUUAGAUCUGGACACUCUGAAAGAGAUUGGUCUCGAACUUUUAUUUGCUGGACAUUCCACGACUGCUAGCGCUGCUACCUCACUGCUCAUUCAUUUGCAUGACAACAGACAUGUUGUUGAGAAGAUCCUCGAGGAACUUGACCAGUUUGGUCUUUCUGAAAGUGGACAAGAACUAAAUAUGGACAUGUUAAGAAAGCUUACAUAUGUCAAUGCAGUUGUUAAAGAAGCUCUCCGUGUGGCGCCACCUGUCGGAGCAGGUUUCAGAACUGCGCUCAAAUCAUUUACUCUCAAUGGUUAUAGCAUUCCAGAGGGCUGGAUGAUAGCAUACAGCAUACGAGAGACACACAAGACAGAUUUUUUCACAGACCCGGAAACAUUUGAGCCCAGUCGAUGGCUGACGGGCGAUGAGCUUGACACAAAGUACCAUUUCCUUCCUUUCGGCGGCGGUGCCCGUGUGUGCAUCGGCAAGGAAUUUGCACAGAUGUUCCUCCGAAUCUUUGUAGUUGAGUUGGUCAAGUCAUGUCACUGGCAGAUCAAGAGCAACAGAAAGAUGGUCAUGUUUCCGGUACCUUACCCUGCAGAUAAUCUUCCAGUGGUCUUUACCGCAAAGCAGCAACACAAAACAAUAUCUAUUAUCUAAAAUAAUCUACAUAGAUCUCUACAUCUGCCAUCAAGAUAAAGACAUUCUGGUUCUUGGACAAGGAACCUUAUUGAAUAUUUUGGCAGGAGCGUGAAGGGAAAGAAAAAAAAGCAGAUUGGAUCGAAUAUUGGAAGUUGCAAUGACAUUUUUUUUUUGGCAGACCCCCCCCUCCCCCCCCCCCCCCAAAAAAAAGCCCUAUUUUUUUUAAUGUUUAAGUGUAAUUUGGCAACCAACAUAAGAGCCAUCAAACCUUGUUCCUAGCAUACAUUCAAAAAGAUCCAUCAAAACAUCACUUUUUUAAGAUUUCCCCUUCCUCAGAACUCAAUUUUCAUUUUUUUUUAAUGUAAGGGUUAAGACGUAUGAGUGACAAACAAGGUUUUUAUUAUAGUUAUUAUUAACCUUUUUUAUUUAUUUUAAUUUAUAUCGUUGUUAUUCUUUCAAAUAUUUUGUUCCCAAAAGACUGUCCAAUUCAAUUCAUUUCAAAAGAACAAAAUUUACAACAAAUGUUGAAUUUGUACAGAAAGUUGCCAAAGAAAUCUUUCAAGACUAAGUGUUGUAAUACUUGAGAGAGUGAGAUGGACAAAGAGAAUGUGCGUGUGUGUGUGUACACUAUAUUCAAAAGACGAGCUUAAAAUUUUAAGUGAGGAAAAAAAAGACAAAGCUAACGAACAUAUUCAACUAGCUGAGUGAGUGUUUGUCGUACUUGGAAUAUGUAUUCAAAUGUAUUUUUACACUAAGAUUUUGUAAUGUAUAUAAACAUAUCGUAGAGAUAAAAACAUGUAUAUUUAUAGAUAGACGUCUCUUUACUGAUGCCUCUUUACUGAUGCCUCUUUACUGAUGCCUCUUUACUGAUGCCUCUUUAUCGAUGCCUCUUUAUCGAUGCCUCUUUUUUUUUGUAUGAAUUGGGUAUAUGUUGAAUAGAGCAGUAGUUAUAUUAUUAAACUAAAUGUGGUUUCGAGUGAAGAGCAAACACACUUUUUGUUGUACACAUUGGAAAUGUGGGAAUGGUAUUCGUAUUCUUACAACUGAAGAUCACGUGUUUUCUAUUGGCUGAAGAGUUAAAUAAACAGAAUCUCCAAAGACCAUUGUUUUUCACUAUCCAUUUAAAUAGCAUCUUGAAAUGAUCGAAUAAAAGUUUUCUCGUUGGUCAUUUAUUAAAUUUCUUUAUACAUAAGCUAUGCUAUAUUAGAAUGCAUAAAUUAAAUGGUGGCAAGUGAGCGUGAGAUUACAUUUUGCAAGCUCAAGUUGGCAAGUGGUUCCACAUUCUCCUCAUUUGAAUAGCUAGCCACUUUGCACAUUCUGUAUUUUGUCAAUAAGAAUAAACAAAACCGAAUCUCCAGUUCUUUUGUGAACCACUUAAAAAUUGUAUGAACCUUGCAACAUUUUUAAAUAAAAUAUUCGUGUGUGUGAAAUGCAGUAUGUUUUUAAUAUAGCAUAUUUUAGGCUAUUUAUACAGAUGUACUGGAUAUUUGUUUUUCCUUAAAACAGAAAUAUCCAUGGCGCAUCACUUGACAUGUAAAGUUAUAAAUGUUCCAUCAAAUACAAUUCGGUCGUCUAACUCGUGGGGCCUUUCUGUUAACUUCCUUAUUAGAGUUAGACACGCAGUUCUUUAAUGACUUACGUUAGCAACGAGGGUAGAUAACUCGUAAUCACGUCCCCUCAAUUAACAGUCGCUAGUACUACAGUAGUAAGUCUAGUAGUGUUGAGUUGUGGGUGAGGGUGACUUGGGAAACUUCUGAUUUUAGACAACUGACAGCCAUGGAUUCUAUUUUUUUCGAGGUCUGCAACAGGGCUUUCGAAAGAUCAUGUUCAGUAGCGGCCUUAGGGGGUGGCAAGUGGGGGAACCGCCCCAGGCCCCGCACCUGAGGAGGGAGGGCCCGCGAUAGAUUCUCGUGUGACCGUCAGGUUCGAAAGCCAGACCAGUUCUCAUAAGCAAAGACUUUUUGCUCAAUAUUUCCUGGCAUCUAUAUGAUGGCUAACAGGACUGGACUUACACUUGAUUAUGACCUAAGCUUUUUAAGAUCUGGGGCCACAGUGUAAUAAACAAAGGCAAUGUUUCCUUUGGGUUUUCUUCUAAAUCAUUGAAAAUAUCCCUGGAUUUUUAUUGGGGGGGGGGGGGGAGGCUAUGUUGCCUAUAGAUAAAUUCCGCAAUAGAACUAUCAUGACGAUAUAAAAAAAAAAAUUUAUUUCCUAUUUUACCGAUCCUAACUUUUAACCACGUCACAGUCACUAAACGUCACUGCCAAAAUUUGACAAAUCAAAUUUACGCGCCAAAUAUUUGACAUUGCGCAGGCAUUGUCUAGGACUACUUUAUAUCACAAAGUGUAGAUCGUAGGAGGGUUUGUGGGAGAACGUGAAAUAUUUCAUACAUUCUAAAUCUUUAGAUUCAAAGACAAGACUUUAUUAGAUCUAACUUCUAGUUUCACAUUAAUUUCUGUCAUUUUUAUAAAGAUAUCAGCGGCUCUGCCUAUUUAGAAUUUACUUGUUGGUUAUUUUGUACUGUUGAAUAAACUUUAAAAGUCUACAUCG